AUGUCCUUUGAGGGAUCCAGGCUCAGCAUGAGAAACAGGAGGAACGGCAUGCUGGACAGCACCCGUACCCUGUACUCCAGCGCGUCGCGGAGCACAGACGUGUCCUAUAGUGAAAGUGACCUGGUGAACUUCAUUCAAGCAAAUUUUAAGAAACGAGAAUGUGUCUUCUUUACCAAAGAUUCCAAGGCCACGGAAAACGUGUGCAAGUGUGGCUAUGCCCAGAGCCAGCACAUCGAAGGCACGCAGAUCAACCAAAACGAGAAAUGGAAUUACAAGAAACACACCAAGGAAUUUCCAACAGAUGCCUUUGGAGAUAUUCAGUUUGACACUCUGGGGAGGAAAGGGAAAUACAUCCGAUUGUCCUGCGACACCGACGCGGAAACCCUCUACGAGCUGCUGACCCAGCACUGGCACCUGAAAACGCCCAACCUUGUCAUUUCUGUGACCGGCGGCGCCAAAAACUUCGCCCUGAAGCCGCGCAUGCGCAAGAUCUUCAGCCGCCUGAUCUACAUCGCGCAGUCGAAAGGCGCUUGGAUCCUCACUGGAGGCACCCACUAUGGCCUGAUGAAGUACAUCGGGGAGGUGGUGAGAGACAACACCAUCAGCAGGAGCUCGGAGGAGAACAUCGUGGCCAUUGGUAUAGCGGCUUGGGGCAUGGUCUCCAACAGGGACACCCUCAUCAGGAAUUGCGAUGCUGAGGAGUAUUUUUCAGCUCAGUACAUUAUGGAUGACUUCAAGAGAGACCCGCUCUACAUCCUGGACAACAAUCAUACGCACUUGCUGCUGGUCGACAACGGCUGCCACGGACACCCCACAGUGGAAGCGAAGCUCCGGGAUCAGCUGGAGAAGUACAUCUCCGAGCGCACUAUUCAAGAUUCCAACUAUGGUGGCAAGAUCCCCAUUGUGUGUUUUGCCCAAGGAGGUGGAAAAGAGACUUUGAAAGCCAUCAACACCUCCAUCAAAAGUAAAAUUCCCUGUGUGGUGGUGGAAGGCUCGGGGCAGAUUGCCGACGUGAUCGCGAGCCUGCUGGAGGUGGAGGACGCCCUCACAUCUUCCAUCGUCAAGGAGAAGCUGGUGCGCUUCUUACCCCGCACCGUGUCCCGGCUGCCGGAGGAGGAAACCGAGAGCUGGAUCAAAUGGCUCAAAGAAAUUCUCGAAAGUUCUCACCUAUUAACAGUUAUUAAAAUGGAGGAAGCUGGGGAUGAAAUUGUGAGCAACGCUAUUUCCUACGCUUUGUACAAAGCCUUUAGCACCAAUGAACAGGAUAAGGAUAACUGGAACGGGCAGCUGAAGCUUCUGCUGGAAUGGAACCAGCUGGACCUAGCCAAUGAUGAGAUUUUCACCAACGACCGCCGAUGGGAGUCUGCUGACCUUCAAGAAGUCAUGUUUACGGCUCUCAUAAAGGACAGACCCAAGUUCGUCCGCCUCUUUCUGGAGAAUGGCUUGAACCUACGGACGUUUCUCACCAACGACGUCCUCACCGAGCUCUUCUCCAAUCACUUCAGCACCCUUGUGUAUCGGAACCUGCAGAUUGCCAAGAAUUCCUAUAACGACGCCCUCCUCACAUUCGUCUGGAAACUGGUGGCUAACUUCCGAAGAGGCUUCCGGAAGGAAGACAGAAAUAGCAGGGACGAGAUAGACAUAGAACUUCACGACGUGUCUCCUAUUACUCGGCACCCCCUGCAAGCGCUCUUCAUCUGGGCCAUUCUUCAGAACAAGAAGGAACUCUCCAAAGUCAUUUGGGAACAGACCAGAGGCUGUACUCUGGCGGCCCUGGGAGCCAGCAAGCUUCUGAAGACUCUGGCCAAGGUGAAGAAUGACAUCAAUGCUGCUGGGGAGUCUGAGGAGCUGGCAAAUGAGUACGAGACCCGCGCAGUGGAGCUGUUCACGGAGUGUUACAGCAACGACGAGGACCUGGCCGAACAGCUGCUGGUCUACUCCUGUGAAGCAUGGGGUGGAAGCAACUGUCUGGAGCUGGCGGUGGAGGCAACAGACCAGCAUUUCAUUGCUCAGCCCGGGGUCCAGAAUUUUCUUUCCAAGCAAUGGUAUGGAGAGAUUUCCCGAGACACCAAGAACUGGAAGAUUAUCCUGUGUCUGUUUAUUAUUCCCUUGGUCGCCUGUGGCUUUAUCUCAUUUAGGAAGAAGCCCAUUGACAAGCAUAAGAAGCUUCUGUGGUACUUCGUGGCGUUCUUCACCUCCCCUUUUGUGGUCUUCUCGUGGAACGUGGUCUUCUAUAUCGCCUUCCUUCUGCUCUUUGCCUACGUGCUGCUCAUGGAUUUUCACUCCGUGCCCCACCCCCCCGAGCUGGUCCUCUACGCUCUGGUCUUCGUCCUGUUCUGUGAUGAAGUGAGACAGUGGUACGUUAAUGGGGUGAAUUAUUUUACCGACUUGUGGAACGUUAUGGACACACUUGGUCUUUUUUACUUCAUAGCAGGAAUUGCAUUCCGGCUCCACCCUUCUAAUAAAACCUCUUUGUAUUCCGGACGAGUCAUUUUUUGCCUGGAUUACAUCAUAUUCACUCUAAGGUUGAUCCACAUUUUCACUGUAAGCAGAAACUUGGGACCCAAGAUUAUAAUGUUGCAGAAGAUGCUGGUAGACGUGUUCUUCUUCCUGUUCCUCUUCGCUGUGUGGAUGGUGGCCUUCGGGGUGGCCAGGCAAGGGAUCCUCAGGCAGAACGAGUAUCGCUGGAGGUGGAUAUUCCGCUCGGUCAUCUAUGAGCCCUACCUGGCCAUGUUUGGCCAAGUGCCCAGUGACGUGGAUGGUACCACAUACGACUUUUCCCACUGCACCUUCACCGGGAACGAGUCCAAGCCGCUGUGUGUGGAGCUGGACGAGCACAACGUGCCGCGGUUCCCCGAAUGGAUCACCAUCCCGCUGGUGUGCAUCUACAUGCUCUCCACCAACAUCCUGCUGGUCAACCUGCUGGUCGCCAUGUUUGGCUACACGGUGGGCAUGGUUCAGGAGAACAACGACCAGGUCUGGAAGUUCCAGAGGUACUUCCUGGUCCACGAGUACUGCAGCCGCCUCAACAUCCCCUUCCCUUUCGUCGUCUUCGCUUACUUCUACAGGGUGGUGAAGAAGUUCUUCAAGUGCUGCUGCAAGGAGAAAGACGUGGAGUCUUCCGCCUGCUGUUUCAAAAAUGAAGACAACGAGACUCUGGCAUGGGAGGGUGUCAUGAAAGAAAAUUACCUUGUCAAGAUCAACACAAAAGCCAACGACACGUCAGAGGAAAUGAGGCAUCGAUUUAGGCAGCUGGAUACCAAGCUGAAUGAUCUCAAGGGUCUUCUGAAAGAGAUUGCUAAUAAAAUCAAAUAAAACUUUACGGAUGCUGAUGGAGGAAAAUCUCAUCAUAGAAGGUCAUCUCAGAUAUCUAAGGGAGAAAGAUUCAAGGAAUGCUGACUGAGCAACAAUUUUCUUAUUGCCCUAACUGAGAUUGGUCAGGCCCUGGGUACACAGCAGAUGGUUUUAAUCACUCUAGCGUGCUCAAAUCUGAGAAUAAAACGUGUGAUUGAUUUCACACGUGAGGAUGGACAGACAAGAAGAACAUCUCCUACGACGGGCUUCCCCUGCAAGUGGCCCUAUUACUUUGAGUCUCUGUGACUAGUUCUUGCUGUUGAUCAUUUUAAAGUGUGUUCCUGCGUCCUCGUUUUUCCUUCGCUUUUCUGACUUUUGACCCACGCCUAUGAUGUAACAUGUCUCCUAGGAAUGAGAACCUGGUCGUGCUUCCCUGCGGUAGCGUUAUUUUGUUUAUCUUCAGUUGAUUCUCCACUAUUUUCUAAAGUUUUGUAUUAUGUGACUAAUUAUUUGGCAUAUUGUUAAGUUUCCCAAAUCAGAUCAAACUCUAAAACAUGCUGGAGCAAGAGGACUCUGCUCCUUUCAGGAGAAAUUACUUUCAUUUCUCUUUAUGCUUUUUAUCUAUCAAAGGCUAUCAUAGCAUCUUUCCCUCUCAACAUUCACCAGGAACUCCAACUGAAAGAAGUACCCCAUCCUUAACCAUGUGAAAAAUCACCACCAAUAAAUGGAAACCUGAGAGGCACCACUGAUUUUGUUCUCAUUGGGUGCUCCUCAUAUUUAUGAUUUUCUGAUUAAAAGUAAUUCAUGAAUAUUCUAGAAAAUUUAGACUACCCAGAAAAGUAGAAUGAAUAUAAAUAGUCCCACUACCUGAAGGUAAUCACUCUUAACAUUUCUGGAUGUUUUUCCAAGUCUGUUUUUUUCUAUGCAUGUUUUAUUUCUCUUUUAAAAUUUUACCUAGUGUCAUCAUACCACAUAGAGAAUUUUACAUAAGCUUUUUCACUUAAUAUUUAACCAAAGACGUUUUCUUUAUAUUCAUGGUCUUCUUAAACGUUAUAUUAAUAAUUGUGUAAUAUUCAACCUCUAGUGAUUUCUGUAAUGUUGGUCACUGAAGACUGUUUCCAGUUGGCCAGUGGAGUGAGCAUCUUUGUGCAUGAAUCUUUUUCUACAUUUGGGAAAAUUUCCCAUGGCUAGGUUCCGAGGAAUAUGUAUUGAUCGUCAAAUCAUUUACAAGGGUUUCUCGUAAGUGUAUAGCAAAUAGGAAUUAUUAACUUGAGUAUAGGAUAUGCCAUACAUGAACCUAGAACUAUUAAAAUAAAAUAUUAUAUUUAAUCCUUAGUUUAGGAAGAAGCCAAUAUACUUAUUUAAAUAUAAUAGAUGGUGAAGGCGUUGGUAUAGAAUUGGAGAGGCUAUCUUGUUGAACACUCUAGUCUCAGUUUUCUCUGGAAGUAGUGGAACUUUGCCCAAAAGAGAUGUGCUGGAAGUAUAUAAGGCAAUCUAAAUAUCCAUAAAUAGUUAUUUCAGCCUUGAAUAGACUGUAGACUCAGUGGCUGAAGAAGGAAAUCUUAGAAGGAAACUAUUAAAAGAUCAUCUGAUUAGAAAAAUUACAAAGGCAUGAACCAAAAAAAGGUUUUUUUUCAUUUUGUCUGGGCAGUAGUUAAAAUGACUACUCAUAACAUUCAUAACGUUUGCAGGGAACGAACACAAAUAGAAGGUGUCUUUUUACUUAAAUCUCAUUAAUGGCCUAAAAGGGAAUCUUAUUCAAUGGGGUUGAUCCGUUGUGAUUUUGGAUGCUGAAAGUCGAUGGGAGAAAUUUUACAUGACAAAAUUUGUCAGUGAAUGGAAUUUUCAGAAUUUCUCCAUGAGGGAAUCUCGCUUUCAUUUCACUGUGGCAACUAGGAUAUCUGCCUUUCCUGAGACCACUAAGAAGAGGCUUAUGUCAUCUCCAUGUUGACUGGAAAAAUGGAAGUCUAUGGCAUUGUACGUAAGAUGGUGCAGGGAGAAAAAACAGUCCCAACCUCUUACCCUCGAUUUAAGUAGUGAAUUUGAAGAAAAUUAGUAAAUAAAAUUGAAAACCUCAUCAUAGCAUGAUUCACAACAACCAAGGACAUGGAAGCAACCCAAGCGCCCAUCAACAGAUGAUUGGAUAAAGAAGAUGUGGUAUAUAUAUACAAUGGAAU